UUGUCAGUUGCUUUUGGGGAACAGCACACAGAGCACUGGAAUAGUGUAAUAAAUUUAAGUUGUAAACGUGUUUCAAUCUUUUUUUUUCUUUUAUAUUUAGUUUUAAAUUUGCUAAAAGUGGGAGAGCCCAAUUCAAAUUAACAUCAUCGAACAGAGGAACCGGCAAAAAAGGCGAAAAAAAAAACCGGAAAAAAAAAACAAGACAAACCAAGUUGAAUUCCGAGAACUUACAGAGGAUUUGCGAGUAAAUCGAAGAGAGCUAAAAACCAAAAAAAAAAACAAAAAAAAAACAAAAAAAUACGAAAAGAAAAGAGUUAAGCAUAGGGGAAGGUGGAACAGCAUGCCGAAACAGUCGAGCAGCGUGAAGAAGACCUCGCUCAGCGCCGUGGAGCAGUACGAGCUGAACCAAUGGCUGGAGGAGAAUCGCAUCAAUCCGUCGAAUUUGCGGCGCUCGUUUACGGACGUGCUGCCGCUGGCCCGCCUCAUGUCGCGCUACUAUCCGGAUAUGAUUGACCUCAACUAUUAUCCGCCGCGGAACAGCGUUCAGAAUAAGCUGUGCAAUUGGGAAUCGUUCAAUAAGCGCGUCCUGGCACGCCUCGGCCUCCAGCUGACACGCGACCAAAUGGUGCGCGUGGCACGCAGUGUGCCCGGCUCUGUCGACCUGUUGCUGUACAGCGUGAUGCGUGUCCAGAUGGCGGCGGAGCGCAAGGCCCGCGAGGAGCGGCCCAGCACCGAGGACGAGGACGAGACUCAGUCGGCGGACGAGCCGGAUGACACGAAAACUCUCAACGAGCCGGAGCUCUUGGCCAAGGCCAGGGCCAAGCCAAAGUUGGAGGGCGUGCGCCAGGUCGUGGGCAUUGCGGAGACUAAGGAUACGGUCAACAGGAGCCUGAAGCAGACGCCGGCGUCGCCAUUGAAGCGUGCUGCCGCUGCAGCGGUGAGUGUGAAAGCAGCUGCAGGUGUUGCACGCGGCGGCGGUGGUGGCGGAGGCGGAGUCGGAAUCGGAGGCGUUGGUGCAACAACUGGGCGCAACAAGAGGGCGCAACUGGCGAUGUCAGCGGCCAGCAGCAAGGAUCUAAACCAUUCAACGCAUCCGGCAGCAUCCCGGCAGCAAAGAGGCCGUCAAUCAGCUGCAGCGAAAAAACGCUAAGAUCGAGCGAUUCGAUCAGUGGAGCGCCCAUCUGGAGAAUAUGUUGCAGCUGAAAUGCGAGCGCAUCGACGAGCUGCAACGUCAGGUGGCUGUCGCAGCUCUGGCGAGUCGCCACAAACCGUUGCGCCUGCGGCAUCGACGAUCGAGGCCC